AACUAUUACAAAAGCGCACGAUAAUGGCAGGAACCAAAACCAAAUUAAGUGUUGCUUGAUCUAUAUUACGAAUAGUAUUUAUAGUCACGGUACCAUACAAGUACCUACAUUGCAAACUGCCCUUGGUUUUAAAAUGUAAUGUAAUAUAAUAUAUUGUAAACUAGCGGACGCCCGCGACUUCGUUCGCGUGGAAUUUAGUUUUUCACAAAUCCCGCGGGAAACAUGGAUUUUUCCGGGAUGAAAAGUAGUCAAUUUGUUAAUCCAGAGAAAAAUCUAUUUCCAUUUCAAAUUUCAGCCAAAUCGCUUAAGUAGCCGCAGCGUAAAAGAGGAAUAAACAUACUUACACACUUUCACACUUACAGACAAACUUUUGCCUUUAUAAUAUUAGUGUGAUAGUGUGGUAAUAUUAGUGUGAUAUUAGUGUGAUUAGUUUAAAGUGUGAUGUGAUUGGUGUGAUGUAUUGCCAUAUUGUUUCUAACAAUGAAUGAUCGGGUUCUUUAUUUAAGUAUACUUAGAUUUAUAGAAUCUUCAAGGUAGACCCGACAUUUUCAAAUCUUCAGUAGUUCGAACCUGUUAUUUAGAACCAUUGUAUUCGCUGGUUUGCGUUGUUUGCAUUGUCGCAAUUAGACCUCCUCGAUUCACACGGUAAAAUAUCUUUAAUGAUUUUGUAAAAUUCUAUAUUUUUAGGUAAAACAAAAUCGAAGUCGUGUAAAUAUAAAUGUGAGUAUCGAUUUUGUACAAAGUGAUCAACGGAGCGCAAGGACCUUAUAACAUUUUCAUAUAAUUUACAGUAGUCUCAAAAAACGUGACAAAAGAUGAUCAUGUUAGGAAAUCACAUACGAAGACUUUUCAUAGGAGAAGUAAGUAACAUCAGAGAACAUUUAUAAGAACUGUACAGUAAAAGCUUCCUUAUUCACGCUUCCUUUAUUCACGUUUUCACUAUUCGCGGAUUAAAAAAUUGCGACCCAAUUUCUAUAUUCGCGGCAAAAUAUUUCCUUAUUCGCGGAUCUGACUGACGAAACUGACGUAAAGUCUGCAAAUUUAAACUUUAACUUGCAAAUACCUAUUGCCGAAAUUGCGAAUGGAUGGUUUAAAAAUGCCGCUGCUUAAAACCACUCUGAAUAGAAGCUUUUAAAAAAUGUCAAGCAAGAAAAUAUUUCAAAAUUCUUCAUACCGUUGUCUAUGACUGAAGAUGAUAGUUAAUCAAUAACUUCACUUAAUUGUUUUUUCUUUAUAUAUUUGUGAGUCGAAUAUCUUAGGAUUCCAUGGAUUCACUUAUGUUAACACUCAGACUAACUACCUAACUGUAACUGUUUCUUACAAAUAGUAGGCGACUAAAUACAAAGGACAGCGAUUUCUCAAAAGUGGAUGUUUUUAAGGUACGGUGUUUUGUCAUGGUCGCCACUAUUUUCAAACGACAAAAGACAGAAGUUUAACAAUUGUAUAUAUUUUUUAUGUACGAACAUCUGUAACUAACUGAGUACUGAGUAGUCCGAUUUUCAUAACUGUAUCAUUAUUUGCCAUUAUGUGAGAUUUUGGUACUAAGUCCCUUGUUAAUUAUUGUAUUACGAGUAUAUUUUUAUAUCCACUACUUAUUAUUAUAAGACUAGUAACAAGACUGAAAGACCGUAAACUCUUUUGCAACGAACGAAAACUUCUUUUGCGACUUAACUUCGCAACAGUUUCGUCUCAGACUAAUGAACGUACGUUCUUCUGAAAACACGAAAACUUUAGAUACUUCUUAGAAUUAAUCAGGUGAAUUUUAAUUAAUAUUUAAAUUUUUAGGAAUAAAUCUUGCGAGAUAUUUAAUUACGAAACGGCAUUUAAUUGUAAACCAACAACGACGUCACAACAAAGACAAAGAGACGCGUAAAAGCGAUAGCAAAAUGUCUCAUAGUGUUUCAACGGAUUUAAACAGAAAAGAAAACACUAGCCAUACCAAAAAUAGAAAUUGUCGAUGGAAAUAUAGUUGUAAGGAUAUGGUUAAUCUGGAUACUUGUCGAAUACAUUCAGAAUGCAAGAACAAUACAACGUAUAUUUUAGACGAGUUCCCCGCCGUAAAUAUAAGUGAUCCCCAAGAUUUGGCAUACUUACGCCUCAGGAAAAUGUUGAGGGUCACCUACGUGGAUGAAGAAGUAGAAAAAAUACUGGAAUCUCGAAAUUUACAAUUAGGACCGCAAAAGUUCAACGCAGCUGAGGUGGAGAGACUGGAAAGUUUAGCCGAGUACUUCAAUAAUAUAAUCGUGAAAGAACAGUUAGGAGUCACAAAGCCACAAAAUAUGAACAAGAUGACGGGAAAAUACAAGGAUACAAUAGUAAGCAGUAAUUAGUUAGACGUACGAAUUACGAUACUUUCUUUUCUAUAUAAGUUUAUUAUAUCACCAUUCCCUUAAGUUACUAAAGCAGGGUAGAAGUUUAUUCUAUGAACGUGCGGUUUAUAUUUUGAUCUCGUUUAGAGUUCUUUGUAUAACUAGUGGACGCCCGCGACUACGUCCGCGUGGAAUUCAGUUUUUCACAAGUCCCGCGGGAACCACGGAUUUUUCGGGAUGAAAUUAGCCUAUAUGUUGAAAAGUUAUGAGUAAAGUCUAAUUCCAUUUCAGCCAAAUCGCUUCAGUAGCCGCAGCGUAAAGGAGGAACAAACAUACACAUUUAUACACACAAACUUUCCCCUUUAUAAUAUUAGUGUGAUGUAAGGCGCAGUUCAUUUCUCUCGUAGGUAUGAGAGAGUGGGAUUUGGAGCUUAGACCCAUCACGCUACUUCUCUGACUCUUAAUGACAGUCACAAUCCAUAUAGUUGGAAAGUCCUCAUCAAUACAAAUUAAUCAAACCCAAUCACAAUGUAGCUACAGUAAAAAGUAAAGGAGUUCCAUUACCUGUCCUUCGUCUUCAUCAUCAGACUUCAUACCCAUGUAGGUGGGAAGAUCUUUUCAAUAGGAAUCGGUCAAGCCCAAUCACAAGGUAGUUACUGUAAAUCGUUCAGGAGUUCCAGUACCUGUCCUUCGUCUUCAUCAUCAGACCCCUAAUGACAGUCACAACCCAUCUAGGUGGAAAGUUCUUGGCGAUACAAAUAAAUCAAGCCCAAACACAAGGUAACUGUUGUAAACAGUUAAAGAGUUCCCUCGUGUGUGUUUCGGCCCCAUCAUCAGAUCGACUCCAGAUCCAGUUUUUGGUAUUACUAUAUCAGAUCGUGCCGGGACUAACGGCUAUACGGCGUCCCCGAGGCUCAAGGGAAACAACUUCCCACCACCGGGACUAAAAAAAAUAUUUAAAAUUCGAACACUGGUUCGUAAGCCUAACCACUGAAUCAAGUUUAUAGUUUCUGUAUGCACCUACCUAUUUUUGAAUUAAUUUCUUUAUACAUCGUAACUAUUGAAGACUUUUACUAAUUAUCAUCCUAUCUCUAAUUUAAUGUAUAUUUUUUCAUUAUAAUCAUUUAAACAAUCACGUUCACAGGAAAAGAUGCGUCUGCUACGCUGAUCAAAGCUGCAUCACAGUUUAUUAAGGAUCUAGAGUAGAAUUAAUUAAAGUCGUUUAAGAAAUAAAGACAAUAAAAUGUUUUACUUACU